GGAAGGAGGAGGCGAAGGAGUAGUAGGAGUAGAAGAGACGGUAGCCUCCGUGCCGAUGUGUAAGCGUUACAUUGUGCGCCCUUCCAUCGCAGACUGUAUUACACUCGUGUACCGUUAAAGUGUGCCGAUUUAAAUCGUCGCGGCGGUUCCAUCGUGAAACGCGACGCGCGCGCGCGCGCGUUCUCUGUCCCUCUCUCUUUCUCUCUCUCGCACUCGGAAAUUGCGUUGCACGCCGGGGCGGGUGGCGCAAGUAUACCGGCGGCGCCGGUUGACCCUGACAUUCGAGAAGCCGGGCGGACGAGAGACACUCGUCGUCUCGCGCGCGCAGGAGCGACAUCGCGUGUGCUCUCGUCGUGUGUUCCGCGACCCGGUGUGGUGGCGGUGAACGAACAACGAGCUAAGCGAGCGGACGCGGAAGACGGACGCGGAGGUGGCGCGCGCGCGAAAAACGUGUAGUGGCAGCAGUGUGCCACCUUCGGCGGAUUCGAGACCCUGUUCUCUCUCCCCCGUUUACCGUUUCGCGGCCUGUCGCGUCGCGGUCUAGCACGCUGACCUUGACUCCGAUGCGCCAACGCGUCGUCGACGACGACGACGACGACGACAACGACAACCGCGACGUUGUGCUUCCUCGCCGCGGCGACAGUGUGCCGAUCGCGUAACCGGCGGCGGCGUUCCUCGCUGUGACACGCGACAACGAAUGACCUUGAUUCUUCGGCGAGGCGGCGCUUUGUUAUCGCCGACUCGAGCGAACCGGUCGAGUGCGGGCGUCCAUCAUCCGUACGCCUCCUCGUCGCGUAUCUCUAUCCAAGUGAGGUGCGUGCAGCGUGUGUGUCUGUGUGUGCGCGCCCUUCCACCCUGUGAGGAGAUGAACAAGUAAGAAGACGGCAGCCUGAUCUUCGUCGCGUCUACCAUCCGCGCGAUCUUCGAGAACCUUCGCGAAGCGUCCGUCCGCGUGAGAAACGACGUUCGCGACUAGCCGGAAGAGGAUACCUCGACGCGGCCUUGACGCGAGUCUAGAGCAUCUACAUAUGGCACCGCGGCGUCACGCCAACGGCGGCCACGGCGGUGGCGGCGGCGGCGGCGGUGGCGGUGGCGGCCUCCUGGAGAACGGGGGCGGCGGUGGCGUUGGCGGCGGCAUUGGCACCAACGAUCCCAUUGACAACCUGCUGGGUCCGAGCCAGACGACACGUUGCUGCACUCCGACCGGCGAGUGCCUGCGCGGUGACACCCUCAUCCGUCUCAACGCCCUGCACGAUACGGUCAAGGUCACCUGUAACAACGACAACUGCCCGGUCGGCCAGUUCAUGCACCGCGAGUGUUUCGACGCCUGGGAACAGACGGUACUCACGUACCUGAAGAGCUGCGGCCGCGCGCGCAGCUGGUCCGAGCGUCAGCGUCACCAGAACCUCUGGACGAAGAAGGGCUACGAUCUCGCGUUCAAGGCGUGCGGCUGCCGCUGCGGCCGCGGCCAUCUGAAGAAGGAUCUCGACUGGAUGCCACCGGGCCUCGGCAACGUCGGCGGCAACCGCCCCGAGGAGAAUGAAGCGAAAAAGAAGAAGCGGCGCAACCGGCAGAACCGGCCGAGCCUGGCCGUGUCGGCCGGCCCACCGAAUCACGGGGCGAACCACGUCGUGGCCGCGAACGGUCGCGGCGCCAGCGAGGUGCAGAUGAUCGAGUCCGGCCGCUGUAGAGCCGGCUCCCUGUCGUCCAGCACCGGCUCGAGCUCGCCGCCGGCCACCAGCGAGCCUAGCGUCAGCCCUCUUCAUCAGCCGCAGGCCAUCAUGAAGAAGAAGAGCAAGGUCGAGUUCUUCAGCGAUCGCGCGAGACAAAGCUGCGGCGCCAAUGGCAUCUUCUCGCGACGUCUGGACUUCAGCGCUUUCAACAGUCUGCCCCGCACCAAGCUGAACUCCUAUCAUAUUAAGAUGGAAGACGAGGGCAACCACGGCAACGACGACACCAGAUGCUUCAUUCUGUCGACAUUGGCCGGCCAGCAUUGCUCUCGUGUUACGUGCGUCCUUUGUCGCGCUGCCAUGCUGGUUUUCGACAGGUACCCACUGGUGGACGGCACGUUCUUCUUAUCCCCUAGGCAGCACACACCUACUUGCCGUGAGGUGAAGGUCGAAGGUCGCACUCAAUUUUUGUCAGCCGUGUGCAUGAGUUGUUUGGAGGGCAGUGGCGGCCAGCCUGUACGCUGCCGUUUCUGUACCCAACCGUGGGACGGUUCAAGCUUGGUCCUCGGCACCAUGUACAGCUACGAUAUCUUUGCUGCUAUGCCGUGUUGCAGCGAGCGACUCAAGUGCAACAGCUGCCAGAAACCCCUGAUCUACCCUCAUCAGCGACUGAACUUCUACUCGGACUACAGCCGCGUCUUCGGCUGCCCGCACUGCAGGGCGGUAGACGCCCACUUCGUGAAACCGCUCUCGGCCUGCUUCACCCGCGAGCAGUUUCAGCUCUACAGCCAGUGGCCGUAACCAUUAGAGAACUUAGCGAACCGCCGCCGUAUGCGCACGACCGCGGCCGACUUGUAUCCUCUCCUUUACAAGUCGAUCUCCCUGUUCCGAACGACCGUGCUCUAGAAUCCUCCCCUCGCGACCACUGUAGGAGAUUUGACGAUGGCGAACGCGCACGGGGGCCGCGAUCUUUCCUGGCGCGUCUUGUCGGCCGGAUCCACCGAUGUAUUAACUCCUGUUAACUCGCCAGACGCUUUUACUUCGGUCGACAGAGCUGGCGUUAUUUCUUUGUAAUUUCUUAGGUAUCUUUUGUUUUAUAACGGUCAAAUUUAACGGCUAUUCUAUGCGACGACGGUAUGCGCGAGCCCCGUGGCGCAUUCCCGUAGUACUAAUAAAAUUUAAGAUGUUUCUUUUUAACGUCGAUUGUAGACUUGUUUGUCUAGGUUGAGUCUAAGCGGGAGACGCCGAAUUAUAUUGACGUUUCGUUUAUGACAAUGCGAGAGGCGAAACUUGCAAAAUCAAUCACUUUAUUUCCCCCGUGACGUUGCUCUUUAAGUUUCUUAAGGCAUUUAUCGUGCGUCGUUUCGUUGGAACAAACGGCAAUUGAUUUUUUUUAGUAGCAUAUUAUUAUGUUUUGACGAUUGUCAUUACGCGCGCGUGUUUCUCUGAUAUAGGCGAGUUUUAAAUAGUGAAAUUUCUUCGUUAGACAAAUCUCUGUAUAUUUUCAUCAAUUAGGCAUUAAACGUUUGAUUACCAUCAGAAUCAUGCUAUUUCGAACGGUUUUGGAAACUUUGGAUAAUAAGUGACUGCGCUUCGCCGUCUCCCGUUUCAUAAUAUAUAGUUGAAUUGCUUCAAAGAAAAAAAAAUAAUAAAUACAUGAAAUAAAUUUAGGCAGAGAUAAACGAUAUAUUAGACACGGAAAGAAAGGUCGAUUCCCUUUAUUGUAAACGUGUAUAGAGGAAAGGAAAAGGAAAGGCUACUUUCUAGAAAAGAUUGGGAGGGGAAAAUGAAAAAAGAAAUAACUAUCGUUUGUUACUUAGAUAAUCGAGAACACGUUGUUUUUUUUACAUUUUAUUAGUUUAUACGUUUAUGGCGGCCAUGUUGAUUUUGUUUAAGGAUCUACGACUCAUUCGAUGAGUUUUCAACGUUGAUUCGGACGCGCGUCGCGACUUUCCGCGGUUCGGGACAGGAGCGUUGUCGAGGAACGGACGAAAUUCGUGCCGGUCGUAAAAGGUAAAAAAAAUAUUUAAAAAAAAAAGUAAACUCAUUGAAAGAAGAAACCGAUCGUUUGGGACUACCGCUCGCGCUGUGUACACACGGUUUUUCCGUCUAGACGAAAGUGCACGGCUCUCUCGUGCCUCCGAUCCUGUCGUCGUCGCUCGCUCGAGUGUCGAGGAUCGAUUCUCGCGGAAAGUCGUGAUCGUCCGAGGUAGCCAGUGUAUAUAACAUAUUAAGUGGGAGAGAAGCAAGUGUGUUUGGAGUGGAAGAGAACCUCCUUUUUUUCUGGCGAUGCUGGUCGUUGCUGUCCACCAAUAGCGGCCGUCCCACAAACAGACCGCCCACCGUUCUCAAGGUAGUAUAGUCGAUCGUGUACCUUUUUUACGUUACUUCGAUUUAAAGAAAAAAAAAGUAUACUUAAUCCAUACGCCGGGAGGUAUAUUUAGGAAAUAAUACAAUGCCCCAAUGUGUGAAGCGUUAACGCGAUGAGGAUCGUGAGGCUGCGCGGCUACUUCUUCAUGCUUUCGCAUAGCGACUUUAUUUUCGUUCGUUCUCCAUUGACCGUAUGUGUCUGGCAAAAUUAAAAAGUAUCGUUUUGUUUGCGCAUAGGAUUGACGAUAGAAUGCGUUUUCGAUACAAGCGAUACGUUUUUUUUUUUUAUACAUGUUCUAUACCGUAAAAAACCGAAAAGAAUCUAUGUUUGAUUUUAUUUUAAUUACUGCAGUGUUACUAAUUUACGAGAGGCACGGAAAUAAUACGCGGUAUUACAAUUUUAUUUUAAUUGUAAUCUUUCAAAUAUUUUUUAAAAACUUGAAUUUUUCCUAUCCUUUCGUAGAUAAUAUUUUUAGUUAUUCGUAUAAUGCUCUGUGAAGGGAAAAGCUACUAAUCGUGAUUAGAUAGAGAUAAAGGGAGAGGUGCGUUUAUACAUUUAGUAGGCGCGAAUUUCUUUGUUUACGUAUCAUAUAAAAGAAUAAACGAUAUAAAAAAAUAUUGAUAUUUAAAAAUUUAUUAAUCUGAAGUAGUCACGCAGUUUCGUUCACGAUUCACUGAAGGAUCAAAGGAAAAUGAGAUAGAAAACCGGAAAAGGGGAUGAGAAACGAAAAAAUUUAAAAAAAAUGUAAAAAAUAAUGCACAGACAAGCGCGCAAUCAACGGCAUCGAGGAUAUAUCAGUCUGAGAAAAUCUACCUUAGACACAGCCAAACAUUGGCGAGUCAGGCAACUUGCGCGUUUCCUGUGCAAGAAGAAUUAAACUCCCGCGUUAAUUAAUUAAUUUCUCGCGCGUUUAGUGCCGGAGGCAAGGACGAUCGCGUUUGAGUCCUUCUCCACUCCGUUUCGUCUCGACCGUACGUUUUCUCAGAGUGCCAAAUGAGUAAUUGCCAAGCAAAAGCAGCGUUUUUUUUUUUUAGUAUUCUCUAUCUUUCGUCCUUUUUUUCCAAGUUUCGUUCUGCAAUCGUCGUUUUUUUUGUCUGACCUUUUCAUAGAGUUCGCCACCUUCGACAGUGCAGAUUAAAAAGCGCAGUACGGUUGCUCAAUCGAUGGCAUAAGGAACUUGAAUUUCGUUUUCGCAGCACGUGCGAUAAAAAUUUCGAGCGACGCCGUAGUCAUUGAAAUGGGCUCAAUUGUCACCUUUGAAACGAGAUGAAAUCUAGAUCUAGAAAAUGGAAGUAUCGCCGUCUUAUAAACGUUUUCUUUGCUUUUCUGCGCGAAGUUUUAUCGAGACACACGAAAUUGGCCUUUGUAAAAGAAAUUACAAUGCGUUUGCGCAUUUCACAAGGUAAGUGGAACAUUCUUUUCAAAAUUAAUCGCGGUAGCAAGUUUUGAGCCGUUUCAAGUUCCUCGUACGAUCGGAAGCGUGUACGAGAAAUUUUCCUUAACGACUUACGAUGCGUGAAUAAUGCACGCGUCGCCUGUACUCCCUACUGCUUUCAAUUUUUAAUAAGAAUCAGCGGAUACACGCUGUCCCUCGCUCCUCUGAGUUCCUGUAUCCACAAGGAAAAAAGAGAGAGAGGAACCGAGAGGAUCGAUAUAAUUUCAAAAAGUUUUUCACGAUUAUUUAUCGCAGCUUUAACGAGAUUACAAGAACCAUUUUAUCGCGUAGAUUCAUAAUAAAAAAUAAAAUUUACAAAGGAAGGCUCCUCGCGCAUACUAAAUUGUUCUAAACGUAAUUUCUGCUUUUUCUUAUUAAUAUUUUUCAUUUUUUCUCGCAUUUAAUGAGUAUGACGAUGAUAGAAAAUUUGAGAUCUUUCGAAUUCGAGAACUUUGAAAGUAUUAAAGCAAACGAAACGUACUGUGCAUUUAUAUAUUUUAAUGCAUUUGUUUUAAUAACAAAAAUAAAAAUAAGAUAAAUCGUACAGUAAUACGGAAUAACAAUUUUUGAUGUAUGAGUUUUUCAUUAAUAAUAUAAAACCAAUAUUUCACUGUCAGCGUUUCAUUGUGAAUAGAGAAAAAUAAUAGUGACCGUAGGAGCCUUCUCACAGAAUUUAGACAAUUUUUGGCAAGGCUGAUCCUGUUAAUGCGUCAGUAGGCAUAGAUUAGAGAUGAAGCCGAAAUGAUUGCAAUUCGGAGCACCUCGGUCUUUUUUUCUUCUGCUAAUUUCGUGUGGACGAAAGUCCCAGUCGGAUUCGAAUUUUGAGUCGCCGUACUGAUAUCGGAGGAUCCUUCGGAACGUAGAAAAACGAUGAACUUACGGCAGACAAGAAGAUACAUCGCGUGAGGGGAGGGGAAAAAGGAUACCUUUUUCGCUAUUGACGGUGCCGUAGCAAGCUGCUGCUUUUUUUUCUAAGAGAGGACAGCAAGUGUCUUUAUCAUCGAUCGUGCGUCGACGCACGACGGCGCACUUAGCUCCGUAGUUGAUAAGGCUAAUGUUACAUUAGGCUAAUCUUUUUUAUUCGGAUAAUUACUAUAGCGAUUUUGUACUUUUGCUAUUUUCAUCAACGGCGUGGGUAGAAUCGCGCGACGAGAAACUAUCGACGAGAUCUCGCUGCUCCUCCAGCUCAUUGCAUUGUGAAAUUGCCCAACGUUAGCCCGACUCACUAAGAUCCGGUACACAGAUGCGUUACAAAGGUGCACAAACCGGAGAACAAUGUUUUCCAAGAGAUAAAGACGCGGGGUAUUGCCGGAAGGUUUGGCAUUCGGAUAAACAUAUUCCCCGGUGAUUCUCUCUCCGUGUCACAUCUUUCAAUAAGAACGACGGUCUUUGAAAGACACGACGACAAAACGCGAAAGCGAUUGUCGGAAAGCUCGACGCUUCACGGGGUUCCUCGUACGAUAUGCUCCACGCAGAGCACAGCACUGUGAUAUCCUCUUGAUCAGACUGGCCGGUACGUCAUUGUGUUAGCCGAAGUCCGGUAGAAGUGUGAAAGACGUAUACUGUCCAACUCGGUGAAAUCGAAAUAGCAAUACGAGCGACGGAUAAAUUGAAAAGAGGGGAAGGUUCGAUUUUGUUGAAAUUCCGCAUCACCUUCUUUUCUCGGGGCGAGUUUAACUUCACGAAUGUCCUGCAUCUCAGGAAGCUCGGGAAGCUAGUCAUAUCCAGCAAAUGGACGCGUUAUGGCGUUCCGUAAUCGCUUCCGGCGCCAACAACUGUUAGUCUGGAACCUCACAUAAGCAUAUACCAGUGAUUCCGAACGUUGGACCUUCCGGAAAUCUGGCACGUUUAGGCAAAUCAUACGAUUCGCUAAUAAACCGCGAGUCUUCUCGAACGUUGUAUCGUUGGGAACCUUCUCGCGAGAAAUUUUGCUGUUACACACACAUACACACACACGCACGCACGCACGCACGCACGCACACGCACAUUAAAAAAAAAAAAAAAAAAUUUGCAGACAUUCAGGCUAACGAUGGGCAAUAGGUAGGAGGUGUAAUUCGCGCUUUACACGAGCCGACAAAGCUGCAGCAUUUCGUGCGCGAAAAACUUAUCCGUUGAAAAUUUAUUCUCGCCGCGCCGUUCGCCGACGUUCAUCGUCGAUCUAGUGAACGUUUUGUAUAUCAGUGUUUUUUAUAUGGACGACUGGGGUAUCAGCGGGGGUGGCAGGGCGAUCCCGUCGACGAUUUUACCGAGCUCUCGAGACUAUGGGUACCGUCGACCAGACACUGCCCUCCUCGCUGCCCGAAGGUUUACCGAAUAAUCGAUAUAUCCCGCGUUUGUGAAUUUUAUAUAAUCCGAAUAGCGUUCGCGUGGUACGUUUGUAUGGGGCUAGGGGGACAGGGUUGAUGGGAGGGUGAGAGGGAGGGAAGGAAAGAGAGUCGGAGUCUCUCCGUGAUGGAGUAGAGAGAGGUUACGAAUGGUUGAAUUAUGAAUAGAGUUUAGUGUAGAGUCAUUACUUGAAAAGAAAAGAAGGUUUGAAUCAUCGAUAAAUAGUAAGUUUAUAUAGAACGACGGUUUUCUCAUAGUUAAGACGCCCUUUCGUUUUCGCCGGUCGUUCACCCGGCUUCCAAAGAGAAGGAGGAGUGAUACAGAGGUGGAAAGGGGCGGGCGGUGAGAAAGGGUGAAGGUGAGAUUCUGUCCUCGAGAGCCUCGCUUCGGGGUGCGAAGACGUGCGAAGCGCAAUCCUCCCCGUGGACCUCCACCUCUCCUCCUCUCCCUCUCACCCCCCUCGGCGCCGGUCGACUUUGAAUCGAGCGUGACUGGGAACUCGGCCAAGAUCGACGUCGGCCUUGAGACAGAAAUUCGAUCUUGGGGGGGGGAGGAGAGAAACAUCAUGUGACGUGCGCCACUCGCGCUGAGUUGCGAGGGCGACGCGCGUGCGCCCUCCCCCCGCCGGAGAGGGCUACUCCAUACCGGAAGUGGGCGGAAGAGAGGUGAAGAGAAGCUCCGAGGAAGAUCGCGCCGGUGCAAUCGAGCGACGUCUUCGAGCAAAAAAUCGGGUAGACGACCGGACGAAUCGUCCUAGUGAUAAGUUAUUGUGUCAUAUUGUCGAUGUCCGAGACGAUUAAGACGAGGGGGAGAGGGAAAAUUUUAUUACGUACUAAUCAUAGUAAUUAUAUCGGUUGUUCAUCGGAACCCUUUCACGCGGCCUUGACACGGCUACAGGACGUGAGGGAACGAUUUUCUCGUCGGUCAAAGUUCGUUUAAAUAAUUCGAUAUAUAAAAUAAAUGAAUAGAUGAAGAAAUAUAUAUAUGAAAAUAUAUAUAUAGAUAGAUAUAUAUAUUAUAUUAUGAAAAAUGAAUAAUACGUACGUUUAAGAAUCAUCAAUUUUUGUCUCUUUAGCAAGUAAGGGUCUUUACAGCUGUGCUAGACAACUAUAGGUAUAUAUAUAUAUCGAAAUAUAUGUAUAUAUAAAUCUAUAUAUACGUACGUUCUCAACGUGUACGUCGCUGAUAUGCGCGAAGCAACGUAUACGGGCUCCUUAGAAAUAAACCGGAAGAAAGGAAUCACACACGCACAUUCUAAUUACACGUACGCAACCGUACGCGUUAAAUAAAUCACACGAAAGCCACAAACGCGCGGUCUACGGUAUCGACGAUGAGACACGAGUGGAAGGUUCGCUUUUCUCAGACGCAAAUCUAGGAAGUACGAACGGUGGGAUUGUAAAGGACUACAUCUCUGAUGACGUGUAGAGAUCGCACGUCAUAACAUCUGCUGUUAUCGAGACGAUAACGGAAGAUAAAUAUCGAGAAUCGCAGACGCUACAAGCAUAAUAUCAAAUGGCUGGAACCAUUCGCGGAAACAAGUAACACUUUAACGAUGGGCGCCGAUAUUUCAUCAAUCAAACAUUUAGUCCGUGAGCGUGAGAGGCGAGAGACUCGCCAACGACAUUGAGAUAAAGAAAAGGAAGAUGGUAGGCUAAACAAAGAGUAGUUAGCGAUUAGGUUGUUCUUCGUUGGACAAAUAUAUAUAUAUAUAUUUUACAGGACUCGAAAUCUACGUGAAAUAUCGAACGGUCGACAACCUCGAAUCGUAAUGAUCUCCAUUUCAUCGACCAAAUUUUUUUGCGCGAUAAUACCGCCCUAGAUCAACGUUUGCUCGUGAGAAUCGCCUCGUGAUCUCUCGUCAUAGUCAUGCGAUACGCCGCGGUCACGCACGCGUUUGACACAAACAUACACACGUACAUGAACACACGAAUUUCUAACGAUGUCUUUAUUAGUCAGUAAUUAUUGCAGCGAAUCAGGAGAUUGACAAAGCAGCCAUGUCGGCCGCCGCGUCGCAAUCGUGCAGCAGAGCAAACGCAACUUUCUUUUUUCACUCCAUUUUUCCCCAUUUAAUUUUUGAUUCUCUUAAACGCAUCACGAUAAAGGCUCGGGCACGAAACUUUCAAUUGUCGAUUCGGCUUCCUCUUUUUCUUUUUUUUUCUUUCUCAUUUGCGAUUUUCUGCAGCAUUAUUUACGCGAGCGUACGCGAGGGUACGCGAAAUGGUGAUAAUUUUUUGUGAUCGAUAGGAAGGAGGCCCACAACAGUCGUGAUAGAAUCGCGCGAGCGAUCUUCCCCUCUGGCCGAUCAAUUUCGGCGUGGAGAUUUGAUUCCAGACGAUACGUUUAAUUUAUUAUUAUUAUUAUUAUUUUAAUAUAAUUAUAAUGACAGACAAUAAUUAUUUUUACAUCGAUUAGAACGAAAUUAUCUUUUUACAACUUGACUUGUGUUUUUCCAAAAAUAAGUAAGCACUUAUUAUGUUACUAUACAUAUACAAGCAUUCGUACUUUAUUUGACGUUUCCGUUUGCCGCUAAUAUUUAGUUGACGAAUCGUCCGGAUUCGAAUUCGUGGAAGUGUCCAAAAUGCCUCCAAGAGCAGACUUGUUUAGUUUCAAUUUAAUGCGCUGAAUGCGCUCGGUGACAUUAUCUUUAGAAUUCUCACGCUUGUCUUCAAUUUAGUGGCUCGUUCCUCGUUUCAUUGGGAUUUUUUUUUCUUUCUUUGCGUCUUCUUUCAUUUUGCGAACCGUGCGUAGAUCUAGAUAAUGUUUGAAGUUUUGUUUUUUUUGUGCUUCUAAUGUGGUAAGGAUUGAUAAGAGCGAACACGUAAAUACGUUAGAUACAUAGACAUAUACAGGCGUAUGUUAUAUCAAUGCGCAAUACAUUAAGUACACAUAUAGUUAACCGUGUAACUAUUACCUACGUACCGUAAUAGAGGAAGAAUCGCGCGAAUACUUAUUGCGUUGAGAACAAUAUCACAGUUUUUUUUAUCCCCCAGUUUUGUUUAUAUUAUUAGAUAUACGUACGAUCCGAAAGGCAGUUACAAUUGAACCAUCCGGCGUUCUCGAUGGCUCCGCGCUUGAAGAACCGUCUCUCCGAACUUACCUGAGUGUUACAGUUACCGUACCGUUCAAUCACAGUAUUUCGGGGUGGUGCGGCUUUUAGGGCGGGAGGCAUUGAUUUUUUUCAAAGAGUUAAAUUCUACGUUCCGCGCACGUUAACCGUCACGGGUCGACGAGGCAAAAAAAAAGACUCGCCGGCGGGCGAGGGUGGUCCUCGUGAUGGUUAGCGCGCCGUUCGACCUGUAAUAGCUUGAUUGUGAUGUUAAUUCGUUAAUGAACGUUGACUCGUGUAUACCAUAUACUCGAACCCGGUGUCGGGCUAAUCGCGCGGACACGCUCGCCGGCUUCCCGGAUGUCCCUUCGCGUUAGGCGUUCACGCGAAGUCUGGCACUGCUCGUGCCAAAGUUCAAUCUCAUUCUGCGAGUGCAUAAUCCGGGAUGCAGAAGCCGGCCGUGCCACGCGACAGCAACGGAUUCUCUCCCGUUUUACAGGCUAAAUAUAUACUUUCAGAAACGCAGAAAGAGAAAGAUGCUGAAAUAGAGGGAGAGGAAUAUAUACGAUGGAAAGGGAGAGUUAAACGUGUAGGGAUGCGGAUUUAGGGAUUCGCGUCGAUUCGCGCGGCACUUAGCCCGCUCGUCGACGAACGCUACAUUCUUAUCGAAUGACGUACAAAGUAAGAAGAAUGGAUAGAGACGAUACGUGGUUGCGCCCAUCGCGCUCUAUUUCAAGACGCCGGAUUUACGCGAGAGACGAGAGAAAGAGAGUGACGCCGCUCGCGGACGUGAGACACGUGGAGCAUGGAGGGGUUCGCGUCCGGAAGCGAACGUCGGUAUCGAAGGGGGAAAAAUAAUCGCGCGGAAUUCCAUGAAAUUCGCGCUUCGCGUCUCUCGAAUUUCCCGAUUAGGUUUCACAGAAUACAGAAAUCCCGCGGUGUGUCUCCUUCCCCGUUCCCCGACGGCGAACGUCGACAUUUCAAUGGAUUUAUCGAAUUCAACCCCCUCCUGCCCCACCUUCCCUCUUCCUCCUCCUCCUCCGCAUCCGUUCCCACCUCCGUCACUAAUCCUGUAAGUGAUGUAAUUAAUGUACGUUGCCUAAUGAUUGUUAUACUGAAACGUUAGAACGACGAAGAAAUUUUAUCGAGUGCGCUACUGGAGAGCGGUUUUGUUUUUCUCACGUCGGCGACUCGCGUGCCAGCCCCAUGCCCAUCGAUCGAGUCGGUCUUUCCAGAGAACCGUUUUGCUUAGAGGUUCUCUCGCGACGAGGGAGAUCAAAGGUUGCUCCGGCGAGUCCGGACAUCUCGAGGGGAAAGGGGAACCGCUCGUGAGACAAGGAGGAGGGCACCGUACGCCGACGUCAUAAAUAGUACACACACCGGCUGUCUUUCACGUUCUACGAUUGAAGGAGCCGAGCUCUCGAUCCCCCUCCGAGGAUUCGCGUACGGUUAUCGCAAGCUAACGCGACGAGGGAGAACUGUGCUUAGUUAAGAGGUGAAUGACGGAAAAAUGAUAAAGCGUUUUAAGUGGGAGAGACAGAGAACGCUAAGCUCGAGUGGGUCUCUCUAUCAAGAAGCGGCCGAAAUUGCGACCGGAUUUUUCGAACGAAUGCUGGGGGCUCGGCCGUAAUCGAGUCGAUUGGAUACGUUGGCCAAGGUACAAAUGUACAUAGGAGCAUAAUGUUGUUAUUAACGUAUAACGCUGCCAUCUCGCCUCUGCGUGUCUCUCUUUGAGUUGCGUUAAAGAUACCGGUAAAGCCGAAUACGCGGAAAGAUGGAGCCUCUUAAUUAAUAGCCUUCAUGCGAUAUUGUGUUAAUUAUUUUACACUUUUAUACUGUAGCGAUGAGUUCAGUAUCCCCAUUACACGUAACAUUUUUUUUUUAUAUUUAUAUUAAUCUGUGUAUUGCAAUUUUUAUAGGAUUAUAGGAACAAUUGUAUAAAUUUUUUAAUUAUUAAUUAUUAGAAUUUGUGACGAUAAAAAGAAUCUUUCUUUGUUUAAAAAAAAAUGUUUACAUUAAAAUGCGUGAUGAUGUGCCAACAAAUGAUUUAAAAGUACAAUGAAUGAGAAAAUUGUAAGAACGACGAAGAUAUCCCAUCGGUCGAGUCCCAUCACUUUGGUCGGUCCGAACUUUGUGCUCAAUCCUUUCGUCAAGGACUCGUGUUUCGAACUCUGAACUCAUCGCUUUGGUAAUCGCGCGAUAAGUCGGCGCGUGGCCUAAAACGAGUCCUGUUGACAUACACGAAACCGCUGAUGGAGCAAACGCGGAGGACACGCGGGGGCGGGGGAAUGUUCGUGAAGGACGAAGACGCGAAUCGAUACGCAGGAUUGCGAACACUUGACGGAAUGUGUAAAGACAAUUGGUUCACGGCUCGGUUUAUUGGCGUAUUCCCGAGAGCCAACUUCCCGAUAUCGGACAGCUCCUACGCUUUCCUCCAUCCUUUCUUCCUUCCUUCCUUCCUUCUUUCCUUUCUAUCUUUCUCUCGCGAGCCGUGAGCCAAUCGAAACUUCGCAGAUUUCAGGAAGCAGAUCGACGAUAUUAAUCACGCACGAGCGCACUGCGAAAUUACAACUUCGUAAUCAACGACGAAUAGUCGCGCACUUCUAAGACGAUAGAAUCGGUUUUCUCUCCUUAUUUUUUUCUUGUCUUAUUUUAUCACUGUCGAAUUUUUCACGCGGCUUGCCGCGGAAGGUUGCGCGUGGGCGGUACACGCAUGGUCUUUCGCGCACGAGCUUGCUGCGAGGACAACGCGCGAACAACACGCAUAAUUAAGGAUUUAAUGGAACGCGCAUUAAUCGCUAGUUCGUAGGCUGCCCCUUUCCCCUCCUCCCCCCACCCCCCACCCCUCUCCCAUUAUACCAAAAGUAUCCGUUUGCAGCCAAUUUCCUUAGAGGGGUUAACCGAUGUGUUUGAAUGGCGUGUGGAUGUGCUACUCCCUUCCUAUUCGUGCAUUUAAUCGCACUCGUAGCGUAUAUAUUAUAUAUUAUAUAAUACACGUAUAUGUAUACCCCUUUAAACCCACCCCUGUAACCCCCGAGUCAGUAGACUUAUGUAAAGCGUCGUCUGUGUAAAUGGCGUCAUGUCGGAUUUGUAUUCGUAAGCGUAGUCAUUGCUGGAGGAACCAUUCGCGCCCGUCGUCUCAAUCGUGAGCAUCCCCCCUAGCACGUUAAUAGUUUACAGGUGCGCAUGAUGGGCCUUUGAUUAAGCCCGGUGACAAUUUUCCAAGUUCUACAGGGGGAGAAGGACGUGCCGUUAUUCGAUUCGAUAGAGUUUCACGAUUCGUGUGAAGAGAGAAUCCGAGUUGAAUCGGACAUCCGCGUGCGGAGAUCGCGAGGAAUAACGGGCUGGAUUUUUUUCUGGCGUAAUCGACGCUUCUCACACGUGUGACCUGCGCGAAUGGUACCAUUAUAAGUAUAGCUCGCCUUUAGCCUUUAGAGUUAACGAUGGCGUAACGACACGGUAACAACGACGACGACGACGACGAAUGUACGUUCUUCAAUGUAUACGUACACGAGGUACCCGCGUAAGACUGCGACAUAUAUUUCUUGUCGUUUUUAAAAAAAGGGAAUUAAGAUCCGCGCUGUCACUGUAAAUCAACACCAAUCGCAACUCGUAAUGCCGACUCGAAUUCGGCGAACGUAAUAUUUGCGUCUUUAUAAUUAGUAUAGGCAGCGGACGAGCGAGAAGAAAGAGAAAAAGAAAAAAAAAACAGAAAGGAAUCGCGAAAUUUAAUCGAUAGAAAGAAAGAAAUCGCGCAAAUUGAUCGACAUACGCUCUCGUAGUCGUCGCGCUUUUAUUGGGGGCUAAGUUCACGGUGGAUCUUAAGGGUAGACUUCUUUUUUACAAAACGAAAAUUAAAAAAAAAAAAUAAACGACGCGUUUCUCGAGCGAACGCGAAUCAGGCGCUAAAAAUUUAAGAUUCUCGAUAUAAGUUUCUUAGAGAUAAUUCGGGCAUUUUUAUUCGGCUGUGUUAUAAAAAAAAAAAGAAUAAUAAUAUUGAAAAUACGCGGAAAAGCGACUUUAGAUUCGGAUAAGAUCUCGCAAAUUUAGAUGAAUAAUUUUUGUACCCUAUUUUUUUAAGCGAUCGCCACGUCGAUCACGCGAAGACGGAGAGAAGAGUCGUGCGGAAAAUUAACACGGUAGUAUUUAUCAAAAUUAAGGCGUCGUUAAGUUUAGUUUAAGGCAAGCAAUUCGUCGGCAAUUUCGGAAAUACGUUAAUAGGCGCGCAUACGCUACGUUUUAGCAUCGAGCACAGAUAUCGAGAAGGGUACGGAAGUAAUCGAAGAUUCGCCUCUGCUUAGCCCUUCCGAUACGUUAGAUGAUCGGUAAAUCUUCCGUAACGAGGGAGAAAGAACAGGGAACGUGAGCCCCGAGCGAAAAUAGAGCGCUACGAGAUCGACGAUCGUGCCGCACCGAAACGAGAAAAAUUUCUUAGCUCUUCUGAGAAAAGCUAGUCCCUGCCCGAUGAUCCGCUCGGGCACGAUCGAUCGCGAAGUUUCGCGUCGUCGCGAACGCGAGACACUUCGAACGUAACCGUUUGCAGGGUGUGUCGUCGACGUUAACCUUGGAUAAGUAAUCCCGUAUAGGUAUAUAGGGUAUUCUUUUCUAUAAUCACACUUUGAUCCGCCCUCGUGCCGGGACGAGGACGCGGCGAAAGACCUCGUUCGGAGGCCGCGCGUAGUUUUAGACACUUAGCCGUAUCACUUAGUCGUUAAGCGAAUCGAGAGAAGAGAAACCGAUCGGACGGCAGGCAUGGAAGCGAUCCAAAAAAAAAAAAAGAAAUCAUAGUAGACACAAGCAUUUUGCGAUGCAAAAGCGAAUAAUCAUGCUGGUAGUGCGGACCAAACGGGACAACCGAACGGGAAGUUUGUGGAAAGGGGUGAAAGGUGAACGAAAGGUCUGGUGUUUUUACUACGGGAAGAAGCUGAAGAGAAAGAGAAAGGGAUACAAACAGAGAGAGAGAGAGAGAGAAAAGUGAGAAAGACGCGUAAAAAGAGAUUGCCGCUCUCUAUCGGAGAUCGACGCCCGAUAUAUCGUUUGUAGAGAUUAAACUCGUAGAGUUUAAGACACGGCGAGGACUUCUCUGACGAUUGCGCGCCGUGUUCUUCGAGACGUUUGAUUGUUCUCUUCCUUACGUACAUGCGUAUGUUACUACAUUAAUUUUUGUACCUUUUCUUCCCGCGUGUCGAGCAAAAAAGUACAUUAUUUUUCGUUAAGAUAUAAAAGAAAGCUCAUAAUUCCAAAAAUUAUUCAUAAAAAAUAAACAGAUGAUUGGCUCACUUGUAACACAUAAUUUGACAAUCGUGAAAUAAGUACGAGCAAACCGCGUUAUUUUUGUCAUUUAAUUAUUCGAUUAACCGCUUAAAUUUUACGACGAAUAUCGUCUACGGAAAUUAGAUUCAUUCGCGUUUUCUCGAAGUCGUUACUGUGACGAACCGUAAUUGGCCACGCGUUUGACGGAUAUACAGCGAGCGCACACUUAAGGACAGUCUAACGUUUCUUUACCGUAUCGCUGCCGACUUCGUCGUCAUUGGAGUCCCGGUUAACGAGUGAAUUCUUCCCAUUGCACGUACAAUCGAGGACUUCGAGCGACGUAAACGUCCCUGUCUUCUGGAACAUCGCGCACCAGACUUCUUUCCGAUUUCCUGUUUUAUCUCCCAUCGCGGACGUUCAGGUCUAUUUUUUUUUUUCCCGAGGGCGGUGAGAGAAGAGAGAGAGAGAGAGAGAGAGAGAACGAGAAAGGGAAAGAGAAAGGAAGAACGGAGAGGAAAAAGAGAAGCGAGAUGGCUACGAAUGAUAAAAAGGAUGAAAAAACGGAGGAAACAGUGAAUUGCAAUAGCCUUUCCAUGUCUUACUGCCCUGCCCUAUGACUCUCGCUCGCCUUCCUACGAUCUUCGGUCGAGAGAAAUAAAAAGGAAAAGAGAAAAAAAAAGAAAAAGAAAUUGGAAACAAUCAGGCAAACGAACAAUCGGCAGCAUCGCACCGUGUGCGAUCAACCAAUGAGCGCGGAUGUUUCGCGAGCGUUGGAUCGCCAUCCGGUGUGCACGAAUUUUUGCCGGAAAUAGGAGGGCAACGAGGAGGAGGGAAACGUUGAAGCUGAGGUCGCGCGAGGUCGGAGCUUUUUUCGAAGGAACCUACAAAAGGCGGUCGUAACGACGGUUUGAAUAAUAUUACAUACAUAUAUACGCACAUAAUGGAUAUAUACGUGUACACGUACAUAUAAUAACGUGAUAGCGAUAAUAACGGUAAGCACAUAUUACAUAUUACCACCUAGCGGUGUACGGUUUGAUCGAAGAUUUGGCGGGGCUUAGGAUCGCUCACCGGUUAAUCAGUCCUUUUCGCGAAAAGAAAGGGAACUCCUCCUUAGACGUUGUAGUUCGUAUCAAGUCCUAUCUGUAGGCACGUUUGCACGUGGUAAACAUAUAUAUACACACGCGUAUACUUAUGCAUUAACGGAGCUAUUUCCCAUUCUCGUGUAGCUUUAGCCGGAGUCACGAUGGGCUCGCGUCGCGACUUCGUAAAGAGCCGAUGCGCUCGCACGCGCAUUCUUCUAUCGCUAAAAAUGGUGAAUACAGAUUGGCAGACGGAACUCGGAGAGCAAAGGCUACGUGAACGCAAUCGUGACUCAGUUUAGCGGUCGUGAAUGAGAGAUGAGUGACUGCGAGGUUUGCAAGGAUCUUUAGCCUGAAAAAUUAACCCAUCCUACUCAGUUUUCCGAUCAAUCCCUUACCGAGCUCCUCAUCCGAUUUCUCGCCAGUUAUAGUCACUGAGUUCUCCAUUUCGUUCGACCGUACCAAUUUCAACAUCAGGAUACAAAAAAAAAAAAAAAACUACGACCGUACUCGCGACUGUCCAAUCACGAUGUAUACAAUUGGUAAAAGAGUCGACAUUUUCUGUUUCCAUAGAAGAAAAAUUAUUACGAUCAAUAGUACGAUUGUACGGUACUCUAUAUAUUUUUUUAAGCUUAUCACAAUAACGAUUUUUAGGCACGACUCUUGUAUUUUAUUUUUUGAACAUUAGAAUGACGAAGAUCCAAUUUAAGGAAUUUGACGAUUUAUUUACCACGUAAUUUUUUUUCUAUUAAUCACCUUGCGAUUGGACACGUCGCGCGGCUACGUUCGGUUACCUGGCUGACAUUUGACACGAAUUGGGACAUUUUACAAGGGCGGAAAAAUAAAAGUGCGCGAACGCGUUCUGCGCGAUAUCGCGCGACUCGGUUAGAUCGCGAGAGGGUGUUACUCGAUUUUAGGAAAAGAGUGACACAUGCGAGACUGGGUAAGAUGUUCCCUUAAAUCAUGAAAAAUAUAGAACAACAGCGAGGCAGCUGUAUCCCUCGAUACCUCCCCUAUAAGAGUACAAAUUUUUCUAAUAUGAAUAACUAUAUCGAGCGCUGAAUAAAAUAUUAGACGACGAAGGCGUAACGAGGAAAGACAUAAAGCGAGAAAGAAAGAGAGAAAGAAAUAAUAAAUUAGAGAGAGAGAGAGAGAAGAGAGAGAAAGAUGAAAAGAAGAUUAUUAAUUAUUACUGAGCGCGAGAGAAUGAAAGGAAGAGAGUGACGAGAUAAGAAAAAAAAGAGUAAUAUUAGGCGAGAGAUAAUGUGUUUAACGAUGUUUUCCCUGGUGUAGGAAUUAUUGCGAUAACGAAUAUGAAAAUUAAAUGAAAUGGUUUAUAUGAUAAACGUACCGUAUAACAUACCUAGCGCUAGGUUCACUGAACGUUACAUUAUUAGCGAAGUAUGAUAUAUAAUAUACGCGCAUGUAGCUAUGUGUUAACGAUCCGGACUGCCAUUAGCACUUAAGGCGCGGCCCCACUGAUCCCCUUUGAAAUUCUCAGGAACAUUUUCAUCGAGGCUUCGCGAUAACUUUGAAAGCGUGCAACGAUGCAUGUCGAGUCUCGCGAUUCACGCGUGUCUCCCCUACACGUACACACACCCACCCACCCACCCACUCACCCCCUUCUCCCACAUACAUCCACACACUUAUAGAUUUUAUAAAUAUAACAUAUAUAUGGACAAAAGAGAGAUAAUUUCCGUUCGCUAUCAUAUCGACGUCGUAUAUCAGUGCGCACGUCAAGUUUUACCUCAAUGCCGGCGAUUUCAGAGUUAACUCGAUCGCUUUCUCGAUGCUAAUCUCGUUGUUGACAGUCGUCCCUCGCGGUAGGGUAACGCGCGGGCGGGAAUCGCUCGCAGUAUUACGGAAUCUUUGUCGAGCUGGUCUUAAGUGGCAUGGUAAAUUUAACCGAACGAAGUGAACGAACGCAUAUUACGGGAGCCGCGUGAGUUAAUCACGUGCAGUUAGACAUGUAAGCUUCGAAAAAAAUCAGUAUCGUAGUUAGAGCUCGGUGUGUUUAUUGCAUGCACCCGCCUAUGGAUAGACGAGGGAAUUACCGGUAAUCUAUUUAAAGAAUUAUCUCUUUCUAGCUGUUUCCCCUUUACGAUGCAUUAUCUAUGGGAUAUGUACACAUAAUCGACACACAACGCGUACACGUCACACCGUUACACAGAAUCGCCAGCACCAAUUGAACUUACUUCCCCGUGUACCUCCAUACACACAAACGCGCAUAUAUACGCGCAACUAUACUUCUAUCUAGGAGCAAUAAAUGAAAAUAAUAUCGAGGUCUCGCACUUUGAUCGACCGCGACAAUCGAGUUAAAAUAUCCGAAUGUUAUAUACAUCUGUGAAUUUAUAAAGAAAGAAAAAAAAAACAAAUUACGUCAAACGAAGAAGAAACUUGUGCUCGAUCGAACCCGAAAUCAAGUUGUUCUCGAGUCAACGUCAAAGCUAAGCGAGGGAGAAACGAAGGAGAAGAAUGACGAAAUUCGCGGAUCAACUUUCGACGACGGGUUUGAUCCCAUACACGUUAUUUUUUACCGUAAGUGACUUUCGCGUUCGCCGGUCGAUGGAAGUGCGCAUCGCCUCAUAAAAUCGUAACUUGCAACUGCCGAAGAUAAGACUCGAGAAACAUAAUCUUUCCAGCCUAGGAAUUUUCUACCGUUUUAUACGCUGUUUUUUGAAGGACCCAAAGUUUCGUAAGUCCGCACCGAGUAUUCGAGAUAAUAACAGAUCGCAGAUCGUUCGAGACUGAUCUCCGUUUAAUUAGUCGCGUCGACGAUUUGAGGCGAAAAUUAACGAGGAGAGGAGAGAGGUGGAGGGAAAAGGAGCGGAUAGGCGGGAGGAUGGUCCCCGACGAUUGUCGGCGGAACAUUCUCGUGCGAUCGUAGACGACGAGCCGGGGGCAGAGUAUCGACACGAUUGAACUCCGACGGCGAACACCGGCGGUCCAACGACUCCAUAUCCGAACCAUCAAGAGUUCCUUGAUCGUUCGAAUAUCCGUACGUAAGACUCGAGCGUUGGGCGGGCGAUCGACGCCGUGGACUAAAAAGGAGGAACGGGCGUGAGACAAACGUAUACACAGAUGUAUAGAUAUAUAUAUUUUUGAUAAAAAUCUAUUCUCUCGAAAGUGACUCGCAAAAAAAAGGGGGGGGGCGCAUUAAAACGUAGAUCGUCGUCCUCGGUCGUGGAUUUUUCGCGUCUCGGUGAAAUUUUACGAACCUGGAAAAAUGGCGAGCUCUCUCCACCUCGCUCCUCCCUCGUCGAAUUCUCCUCGAGGACGCAUGCAAUAAUCCAAGAACGUUGACGUGUGUCUGGAGAAUCAAGAAGUACAUCUUUUUUUCGAAUCUACCGGUAUCUGUGAGGUCUAUUGUUUCCGCGAUGCAUUGCUGCAAUCGAAUUUCAAACGACCGUUAGUCGUUAGGACCGAAGGACGUUACUUGUCUAUUGUCGAGCUUCGGUUUUCGAAAAAUUAUUCUAGGCAGAACUAAUUAAUAUUUCCAUGCGAGAAAGCAUUUAACGGACCGUUACGCAGAACGCAUGUCGACAGAUCGAGAGAGUGACCGUUUUUCCGAUGGUUUCGCUGUCGAGAUGCCGCUACACUCCACCAAUACCGCGAAUAAAAUGAGAGAGUACACACAGAGGAAUGUAUAACGUGCACACAGGAGUCGAACACACACAAGAUACACUACACUGUACGAUCGGCACUAUUUCCCUAGCGCUUGCCAAACUCUUAUUAUGAUCAUUCUAUCGUUAGAGUAUAAGAGUUGAUAUUUAAUAAUUCGUAUUGUAAUUGUAUGCGAUUAUAUUUGUUUGGUUGGCUUGAGGGCGAGAGUCUAACUCGGGUUAUUAGAUACUACGCUGUACCUUUAGCUGGCGGGUCACUGACAGUAAUUGUCAUCUUUGCUCCACAGAAUGAAGAAAGGGAUUCCCGUAAUAAUCACGAGUUUAUAUUCAGAUUGUUAUAGUUUAAGUUUCGACACGUAUUGUCAUCCAGAUUCUCGAGUAUGACGUAAUGUUAAUCCAAAUAAAAGGUAUAAAGUAUAUGCUGUUUCUUUCUUUGUGCUAAAAGUUGUACAUGUUUGUGAGUUUUACACAAUUCGUAUAUAAUAUAUGUAUUAAUUCAUUGAGAAAGCAUUGUAUAAUGUUCAAAUGUAUAAGUUCCUUUACGAGCUCUCAUUUAUAUUGCAUGUUGAACAUAUAAUUACGAUGUGGAUAGGUAGGAUUUAAGAAGAAUAUAUUUGGUAUUAAGAUAUUGGUUGUGAAAGAGAGAGAGAGA